CUCCUCACGCCUGCCACCCUCUCCACUCUCCCAGUCUCCUGCGGCCUUGCCUCCUGCCUCUCUCUCUCACGCCGCGCGGCCGCCUCUCUCUCUCUCGCCUCCCGGGGCCGUCUGUCGACUCUCUCUCUCGCUUUCUUGUUGCAAGCAACAAGCCCUCGUGUCUCUCUCUCGUCUCCCGUCGUGUCCGGUGGCUUAACUUCAUUGUCGUCUCCCUCGCUUUCUCGUUGCAAGCGGCAAGCCGUCGUAUCUCUCUCUCGUCUGCUGUCUUCUCAGGUGUUUCACUUUGAAAUAGAAUGCUGUAAAUAACUAUUCUCAAUAUUGUUGGUGGGAUUGCCGUGAGAAGCCAACACUGGUGGUGGAGAGCAAUCAGCGUUGGUGUUGGCGUGGUUGGGCCGUGCAAGGAGGCUGUGAGUGGCGGCACGAAGGGUGACCGGCGAAAUAUCGGUGUAAUUUAGGAGUAGCUUUUGUUUUUGUGAAGAGGAAAAAAAAACCUAUAUUUCCAACAGUAAAAAUCCCUUGGUUCCUAUCACAAAAAUGAGCCGACUUCAGGGGCCCUCAUCCCAUAAGCGUAAACAACCAGAACCAAAUUCAGCUUCUGGGUCUUUGACGGAACAUGAGCGCAUCCUCUAUCAUGUGAUUAAAAGCAAACAAAACAUGGGAAUUUGGACGAGGGACAUGAAAUGGGAAACAAAACUCCCUGACUAUGUGGUUGUCAAAUCCCUGAAGUCACUUCAAGCUAAGAAACUGAUAAAAGAGGUAGUAAACGUCCAAAAUAAAGGCAGAAAACACUAUAUAGCGGCAGAGUUUGAACCAUCAAAGGAAAUCACUGGUGGGACUUGGUAUGCUGGGGGAAACCUUGAUACUGAAUUUAUAAACUUUCUGCAAAAGCACUGUGUAAAGAUCAUAUAUGAGCAGAAGGUUGCCACACUGGAGGGAAUUUUGGACACGAUCAGGCGGAGUAGAGCCUUCAAUGUUGAGUUCACUCCACAGCAAAUUGAAGAGAUUGUGAAUGCUUUGGUUUUGGACAAUGAGAUAACUGAGGUCGAAAGCAAUGGAAUGGGGGAGUUUGAUUCUAUUCCUGUUGGGACCGUUUGUUAUAUGUGCACGAACAAAGGAGGCCGUAAGGGGGAACCAAAAAUAGGGGCCAUGGCUUCCAUUCCAUGCGGGGUUUGUCCACAGAUAAGUUUAUGUACACCAGAUGGCAUAAUUUCCCCCCAGACCUGUGUGCACUUCACCAAAUGGUUGGAUUUCUAAUUUGAUUGCGAAGUUUCUGAUAUGGUUUUAUAGGGUUGGUUUCUUUUUUCCUUUUAGUGCCUCAACUUUAUUUAUUCGAGUUUCUGUUUUUUGUUUUUUGUUUUUUUUUUUUUUAAAAAAAAUUUACUUCUCGAAACUCUGUUUGGUUUCUGGUGACUUGCAAAGCAAUGCAGCAAUUCUCCCAUUUUUCAUAUGUUUAAUUGAUCCUGUAUCCUUUUCUCUUUCUGAACA